GUCACCGGCAAGCCCUGGCUGUCGCCGAGACCACGCCAAUCGCAGCCACCAUGCGUCCGAUAGCACGAAAUAUUCUCGCCGGGCUCAUACUUCUCCUCAGCGCCGCUCUUGGAGCGCAGGCCAGCGACAUCUACAUCCCCUCCUCGCUGCGCUCGCUCCCGACGGAUGAGCCCAAGACCGUCCUCAUUCUCUCCCUUCCAGCCACGGGCCACGCAAACCCGCUUGUGAUCUUGGCCGCCGAGCUCGCAAAGCGCGGACACCAUGUCACCUUCAUCACGGCGGCCAGCUACACUGUUCCGGAAUAUGCGCGCAACACCAGUAUCGAAUUCCGUCUCUUCCCCGACGAGCGCGACUUUGCCCAGGCGCUGAUCGGCAUUGCAUCAAGAGCCGGACACGGAUCGACCCAGCUCGAGAAGAUCCUCAGCCUUGCCCGGCACUGGAGCAGCUUUACGGCCUUGCAGAAGCUCUUUCUUGGAGAUCUGCUCGCGAACAGCCUCGAGGUGAUGAAGGACAGACGCCCCGAUGUUGUUGUUGGCGGGAAGCUGAUCCAAAGGACCACUUCCGCUUUGGGUCAAUACUGGGACGUUCCCGUCAUCUCACAGUUCAUUACCAGUGCCAUAGUCGAAAACCAAGCGUUUGCAGAUUCAUUCACUCCAUCGAUCAUGGACGGACUCCCCGAUCCGAAGCUGACUUUCCCUCAGGCCAUCAAGGUGCUCAUCGGUCGGAUGGUCAUGAUGGGACUGCGCGAAAGCCUCACGUUCCAGCACCUGAACAUUAUAGACUCGAUCGACGAUAGCCACCCGGAAUACCACUUGAAGGAGCGAGUCAAUGCCCACCCAGCUCAGCCUGCCAUCGAUCUGGUCUCGAGCGAAUGGGGAUAUGAGCCCAUCACGCUGAGGACCGCAGCGACUCGCAUGGGUGGCAUGUGGGUGCCCUCGGGCCAAGACCUGCGCACUCAGCAUCCAUCGGUGCUCGAGUGGCUCGAGUCUGCUUCCCGUCCUGUCGUGUACACCUCGACCGGCACCAUGGUUAUGCCUUCCAAUGCGACGCUGCUCGCCAUGUUCGAGGCCUUCAAUUCCACGACCGAGUACCAGACCCUGUGGUCACUCAAGAAAGUCUCCCAUGCCAACUUGCUCCGGUUGCUCGGUGACACGCAGUGGCCCAGCCAUAUCCGAGUCGAGCAUUUUGUUCCCCAGAUGGCGGUCCUGGCCCACCCGUCCGUCAAGGUCUUCUUCACUCACGGCGGAUUCAGUAGCGUCGUCGAGGGUAUCUGGAACGGCAAGCCGAUGCUGGGUGUCCCGUAUCACGGCGAUCAGCCCUACAACAUUGCCUAUAUCGCUCGAUUGAAGGCCGGUCUCUUUCUCGACAAGGCCGUGCUGGCAUCGGAGGACCGGGAGCGCUCGCGCACCGAGAUCCAGACCAAGCUCCAGACGCUUCUCCGCGACCCGUCCUAUGCCAAGAACAUCCUCCCGCUGCAGCGUCUCGCCCAGGCCGGCGGCGGGGUCAUCAAAGGGGCCAACAUCGUCGAGGAAACCAUUGCGAUGGGCAGCACCGAGCAUCUGCGAUAUGCAGACAACACACGCGUCAUAGCCUCAGCCUAUAUGUUUUUGGCGAUCCUGCUCCUCGGGGCAGUUGCGUUGUCCAUGUGGGGCAUCACCGUGGCUGCCCGCAGCCUCUGGAGACGUCUUAGCAAGAAGCAAAAGGCCGAGUAGCGAUCUUGUGUCUGUGAUGUUGCCCGCGACGAGCUGGUUGGCAGGGCCAUUGCCCGAACAUGCUCCCGAGUCCCUCCUCCACCCUCCCCCCCCCCAGACAAUCACCAACAAAGUUGGCCGAGCAGGACGUGGUUCCGUGGCCUGUCGCCCCACGACCAGGACCACGACCAGGACCACGACCAGGACCACGACCAGGACCACG